CAACAUCCGGUAAUAGAAACAGGUCGCCAUUUUGUCGUCUUUUAACACUGAAAGAUGGAAGUUGCAGUGUAGUCGUUUGUUUCUUUUAUCUUCUCAAUGUUUGGUAAUUGGCAACAGCUCGGCCUGGGGGCCGUUCCCCCACCCUUUUUCGCGCAACCUAAUAUGAUGUACCCACUUUAUCCUGGUGCACAGGAAGCCACAGCGACCAGCGGUCAACCUCAUCAAUGGAAUACGGGCGGCCAACUUCCCCCCAUGGUCUUCCCGUCUUUGAAUCCACUAUCAGUCGUAGCUUCAACAGCUUCUGCUUUAGAACAACACGCCAAUACCGCUGCUGCUGGAAGCGUUAGUAACAUUUUAGCAUCUGCUGGAUGUCCUCCAGUUCCUCCGCUACCUUCUAAUCCAGCACCACCUAAACCCCCAGCUCCUCCAACCGAAGAGAAACCCCCAUUACCUCCAGAUCCACCACCUCCAGACGAAGAUUCCAAGCAAAAACUGACUGCUAAAAACCCAGAAGAGGAACGAAGAAUGGAGAAACUAAAGCAGCAAGCUGCCCAGUGGCAGCAGCAGAAAAAACAGAUUGAUGAUGCAGCAGCUCAGCAGCAGUUGCAGUUUCAGCUCCAACAGCAGCAGCAGUUUCACCAGAUGUGGCUGGCUGCUGCCCAAUACAUGACACCACCGGCUGCUGACCUGAUGGCUGCACUGCCUCCGUCCCAUCCUCCGCUACCUCCAGUCACAGUACCCACUCUCCCUCAGCAUACGAAGCCACCUCCUAUACCCAGUGUGGCUCCCCGAUCGACAGUUCAGUCAAGCAUACCUGUGUCGGCUACAGUUCAGUCAAACACUCCUGCAUCAGUGACAGCAACAGCAGCAUCGAUUGUAGCCGCGGCGACAAUAACAUCAGGAUCAGUACCUUCUAACACAGCUGCUGAGAAGGUAGCAACUAAACCUGCUCCAGUCUGGAACAAACCUACAGCUCCAAAAGAUAAAGAUUUUGCUGGAGUUACACCAUACAAGAUGGAUUCUGGUUAUAACCAGGAUGACCAGCUUCAUGCAGUUGUGAAAGAAGAGGAGGAGUUUGAGCGUCAGUACAAUGACUGGAAGAAACAGUACGAUGAGUGGCGGAUUCAAAACAAAGAUCACCCAGAUCGACAACAAUUCAAGCAGUAUGAAAAUCAGUUUCUCGAAAUUGAAGCCAAAAUGGCAAUGAAGAGGAGAGAUAUACAGAACCGGAAGCACCAGAUUGAACUUAACAGGGGCAAUUCAAACUUCCAGAAUACUCCUCAGAGAUUUGACACCUCUUUCACCAGUAACAGAGAUGCCCAGUAUCUUAAGUCCAACCAAAACUUCCAGGGCGGUGGCAUGGGAGGUAGAGUUGGAAUUGGUGGUGGAACUGCUGGAGGAGGUGCAUGGCCUGGAGGAGGAGGAGGAGGUGGUGGUGGAGGAGGAGGAGGGCGUGCAGGAAUUUUAGGAGCAGCAGGAAGCGGAGGAGGUGCAGGGAUGGUAAGAGGUACUGGUGCUGGGAUUUUAGGAAGCGGAGGAGGAGGCCCUGGGAUUUUAGGAAGUGGAGGAGGAGGAGGCCCUGGGAUUUUAGGAAAUGGAGGAGGCGGCCCUGGGAUUUUAGGAAGUGGUGGUGCAGCAGGAGGAGGGGUUGGUGGUUGGGGACGAGGGGUUGGGAUUUUAGGGGGAGGAGGAGGGGGUUCUUGGGCAGGACGAGGAGGAGUUAGUGGUGCAGUAGGGGUUGGCAAUACUGGGGUAGGACGAAAUGUAGGUGCUGGGAUAGCUGGAGGAUUAGGGGGUGGGGUAGGAGUAGGUGCAGGGGCAGCAGGAGGUGUAGGCACAGGAGGAGGAAUAGGUGCUGGAUUGACAGGAGGAGGUGGUACAGGAGUAGGAAGAGGAGGAGGAGGGGCCAGUUCGGGGGUAGGGCGAGGUGUAGGUGCUGGGAUGGCUGCAGCAGGAGCCAGUCCCGGAGCAGGGCGUGGAGUAGGUGGUGGGAAGGCAGGAGAGGCUAGUCCUGGGGCAGGGCGUGUAGCAGGUCCUGGGAAGGCAGGAGAGGCUAGUCCCAGAGGGUUACUGGGAGUAGGGACUGAUGGGACAAAGGGGGGGCCUGGAGUGGCAUUAGGGGCAGGUAGUGAUAAUGUAAAAGGAGGAGGAAAUGAAGCAGUAAAAGGAGGUGUUGGGGUAGGAGGUGGAGCAAGAGGGGGGAACAUUGAGGCAGACAGUAAACAACAAGCCCCUAAAGCCACUGGUGGUGGUGGUGGUCAGACUGGCAAAGGUGCAGAAGAGUCAAAAUCCCCUGUUAAAGACAAUGCAAAAACACCUAGUGUUGACACUCCCAAAGACCCUACUCAGAGUAAUUUCAGCAGCCAGGACUUUAAUAAAGACAAGGAUACAAGCAUGGAUAUUGGACCUCCUGGUGCCAAUAACAACAGAUUUGGUGGACCGAAUCGCUUUGACAGCUCAAGAAACCAGUUUGAAGGAUCUCAGUUUCCCAUGGGCCCAGGCCAAGGGGGUCGAUAUGGCAUGCGUAACGAAGAGUCUGAUCAUAAUGUUGAAAGGCAAGGAAUGAAUAAAAAUUAUAGUUUCAUGGACUCUGAUAUGCGUACCCAAGGACCCAAUCAGAACCCUCAAUUUCCAGGUUUUCCCCGCGGUCCACCUCCAGACGACCGUGGUUUUGGACGAGGACCUCCAGGUUUUAAUUUCAACCAAGGACCAAGAGGUGGGCCCCGUUUCAAUCAGGGCCCACCUUUUGGCCCAGGGUUUAAUCAGGGACCCCCACGUGGACCUCCAAACCAAAACAGGCCAAUGUUGGAUCCUGGUGACAAUAGGAUGGGACCCCGUGAAAUGGAAAAUGUCGAGCCAUACGGGUUCACAUCACAGAGGAGGAGAGAGCCUUCGCCUAAUAGGCAAUCUUCUGAAAAUCAGUUUGGCUGCUUUCCUCCUCGAGAUAAUUCAGCCUGGGCCCAAGAAAAUUCUGGCAUAGCCAAGAAUCAGCCUAUGCCCAACAGAUCUCUGGAUGGCAAAAGUGACAAAAUGGAACCAUUAAAAGGAAGUGGAGAACCAAGUGCAAAGAUUCCAAGGAAAGAUGAUGAUAAAAGUGAGGCAGGGUCCGGUAAAUUAGAUGGACAACAAUGGCCCAAACAGGACUCUGAUAGUUCAUCAAAUGAACAACGCAAUUUGAAAGAUGGACCUCAAGAUUUUCAAAACAAGAUGCCUAUGAAGAAUGAUAACUGGGGGCAGCUUGACCCUGGGCAACCAUCUGGUGACCAAGGUCCAAACUUCAGAAAUCGUGGUCAACAACAGCCUUCACCAGGACCACCUCAGUUUGAAAGACCUCCAUUUAAAGGCCAAUGGGGUCAACAGAUGCAAAGAAUGGGACCGGGGCCAGGAUUCAGUGUGAAUCCCCCUCCUCCACCUAGAAUGUUAAUAAAUAUACGGCCUGAAUUCAAUCCGCGUAUUUGUCCUCCAGGUGGUGGUGGUGGUAUUGGUGGUAGUGGCGGCAGUGGCACAGGGCCGCCAUACCGAGAUAUGAUGAUGCGUGAUGGAGGUGUGGGCCCACCUUUUAGGGGUGACAAGGAAGGCGAACAGUUUAGCGAAGGCCCUGGUGAUAACAGACCAGAGGGCCGCAUGCCUCCUGAUUGCAGGCCUAAUUCUAUGGGGUUUCCUAAAAACCGUGAUGGAAACAUGGACUUCCCAGGUGCUGAUGAAAGGGAAAUGAUGGCAAUGGGCUCUGCGCGAAGAGGACGUGGUGGCAUGAUGAUGGCCCAACGGGGCGGAUUUCCUGGGCGCCCUAACCUACAACAAAGAGAUUGUCAUGAUAUGAACUUUCCCAAUAUGAACAGGGAUGAUGGAAAUUGUCGGACUGACUCCCUUCGGAAUGAUGCUCCACCAUUUAACUGGUCCGGUGAACCAAGAAUGAGCUCAAAAAACCAACUGGACAGUUGGAUGAACAGAGGAGAACGAGCACAGUGGGAAGAUAACAGAUGUGAUUUUGGCAAUAAUAAUAACAAUAACAACAAUAAUAAAAGUAACAACAACAACAACAACAAUAAUAAACCUUGGGGACAUCCUCAAGGCUCUCCUGCACCACCUGGAAGAGACAGAGACAUGGACCCUGCCUUUCAUAAAAUCUCUAACCCAGAUUUUUAUGAUCCCAUGAAUAGAGUGAAUAGGUUAGGAGAUAUGAACAACCGUCUUUAUAAUGCUGAUAGAUGUAACAGGCCCCCACCAGCAGCAAUGCCGCCUUCUAGAGACUUUAACCAUAACCGCUUUAAUUCAUCCUCCUCAGAUCAACAGUUUUGGAAUGAAAGAGAUCGGAACUUCCCACCCAAAGAAUUUGAUGUACAAAGGGGCAAUAGGCAUCCAAAUGAGAGAUUCCACCGUGGUGACUUUCUUCCUCCAUAUGGAGAAACGAUCGAUUAUGCACAUCGACCGGCCAGAGAAAUGUUUGAACCUGAUUCAGAUCUGGCUAGGAAUAAACCACCAGCUGUCUUUGACUAUGGUCACAAGCAUGCCAACUAUCUAGGACGACCAGAUCCAUCACGAGACAUGGAUUUUCAAGGGAACAAGAACUUACCUCCGGACCAUAUGAGGGGUGACCGAGGAAGGAUGUUUCCUGAGAAUGAGCACGGCGCUUUCCAAGGGAACUGGCUUCGCGAUGGUGACAGGCCACGCAACUGCGAUAAGGAAGACAUGAUGCGGGAUAUGGAAAGGAUGCGCAACAGGGACAGAGACAUCGACCUCAGAGAUCGAGAGUGUCGAGACCGAGAUCGUGGUCGUCCAAUCGCCCAUGAUAGCCGAGAAAGAGAGCGACUAAGGGAGCGAGACAAGUUCCGUGAUGGCCCAGGCGAUAGGGAGAGCUAUUUGAGAGGACGGGAGCGCAUGGAUGAGGAAGAUAAGUGGGCUGACCGUAAGCAUGAUGAUAGAAAGUAUGAUCGGGACUGCCGAGGAAGGUAUAACAGCCCAAACAGGGGUUAUCAUAAUACAGAACCCCCACACAUACGCGAUGCAUUCCCCAAAUCCCAGCUUCCCUCACAACCAGAAACGAAGGCUGAGGUUGUAUCUGCUGAUGACCUGUUGUGCAAGCCAGGACGAGACAAGCGCCCGCAUCAAGUGGUGGUGAUAAUUAGAGGCUUACCAGGCUCAGGCAAAACUUAUGUUAGCAAGUUAAUCAGAGAUAAAGAGACUAAUAAUGGUGGACCAGCUCCCAGGAUGCUGUGUAUGGAUGACUACUUUAUGGUGGAAGUUGAGAAAGUUGAAAAAGAUUCAGAGUCGAACAAAAUGAUUAAAAAGAAGGUUCUGCAAUAUGAGUAUGAACCUGAUCUUGAAGAGACAUAUAGGCAGAGUAUUCUGAAAAGCUUCAAAAAGACAAUUGAUGACGGUUUCUUCCCAUUCAUAAUUUACGACAGUGUUAAUGAGAAAGUCAGGCAUUUUGAAGAGUUUUGGAGCUAUGCAAAAUCCAAGGGAUUUCAGGUUUAUGUAGCGACUGUUCACUCAGAUGUUUCAACAUGUAUAAAACGCAACAUACACGGACGCACAAAACAGGACAUCAACAAGAUCCACAAGAACUGGGAGGAGACGCCAAAACACCAUAUACACUUAGAUAUUCGAUGUCUUCUUCAGGAUGCUGCUAUCCCAGAGGUUGAAAUGGAAGACACAUCAGAUGAGAAAACUAAAAAGGAUGCUACCCCACAAAAAGGAGAUGCUGAAGAGGAAGAUGAGCCUAUAGGACCAGUGGGUUAUAUUAAAAGUAAAUGGGAAAUUGAUGUAGGCGAUCAAACUGGACAAGUAAACGACCAAGUGCUGGAUAAACUUGAUGGAAUUCGAUUUGGUAAGCGCCGACGUUCAGCCUCUCCUAUAUUCAGCCUGGAUGACUAUCUUCAGCUGGACGGUUACAGAACAAGACAAACAAUACCAGGAAAAAAACGAGUACGAUGGGCCGAUAUGGAAGAACGUAAGCAACAAUUGCGCCGCCGAGAACUGGGAUUUGUGGUUGGCCAGACUCAGCAUGACUGGGACAAAAUUACUGACGAUAGUUAUGCUGAUAGGGCCUUAAACCGCACCAAAUACAUCUAGAAGAGGAAUCUCAAAAGCACAGAGAUAGCAGAUGAUUUGUUGACAGGAAAUGUCAACAAGCUGCAAUGAUUGCAAGCCAAUCACAAACAGUAAGAUUGAACUUUAAGCCACAUGGUUGAGAUGCAAACUUCUCAACCACACACCUAUGUUAUUUAAUAUAUCAUUUCCAAGGGCAGUGGAUAAUGGAGUCGGUCCGGUGCUACAUAUAAUAAUACCUAAUGGUAUUUUUCUUUCUUCAUUCUUAUGUCAUCAGGUCAACAAACAAUCUCUGAUGAUUUAGUUUACAAAUCCCAUGUGCUUGUCACAAAAUUUUCUUAUGAGAACACAGAGGUGGUUUCUUAAUGCCUUUCUUUGAGUAUUUUCUUACAAGACACCAUCUUGUUGACUAGAUAUAGACAAGUUUACCACUCAUGCAGGAGCAAUCGGGACAAAAUACCAAAUACUGCCAAGCAUUUUUUUGCCCGAUUCUGGACUGGUACUCUAAUUUAUUUAUUAAACCCAAAUGGAUGAAAAACAAAAUUGAAGUCAGCUGGGUUUGAACUCAGGAAGUUAAGAACCUGAAUAGAUAUUGUUUUGGUGUUUUGUCUGAUACCCUAACAAUUUUGCCAAUUUGUGGUAUUAAUGGUAUAUCAGUCACACCCAUCUGUGCUCUAGAUUCAAAUCUGACUUUGAUUGUGGUAUACUGACCAAAUACAUACUAACCAAAUAUUUAACCUUUCAAUAUUUAAACUGAUCAAGGUGGUGAGCUAGCAGAAUUGUUAGCAUGGUGGGCAGAAUGCUUAGUGGCAUUUUAUCUGUCCUUAAGUUCUAAGUUCAAAUUCUACCAAAGUUGACUUUGCCUUUCAUCCCUUUCAGGGUUGCUAAAGUAAGUACCGGUUUAGCACUGGAUUCCAUGUCAUCGACUUACCCCAAUCCCUUGGAAUUGCUGGCCUUGCGCCAAAAUUUGAAGUCAGUAUUUAAACUGGUCCUUACCUGUUUUAUGUACAAAUUGGCCAGAUCUGGCCUCUCACACCUUCCCUCCAGUGUCCUUCUAAAAACGAAAUCACAUCAUCGAAAUCUUGUAGCUGAGAUAAUGUACAAUUAACUCAAAACAGCGUGAAUAAAUAAGCAUUAUGUUCAACAGAUAAAUCAGAAAGCUGAAGGAUUAAAGCAUAGAGGGUUAUCAGUGUAAUUAACUAUAUACCCUAAUAAUGUGAUCUUAUGUGUUUUUUAGAAAUCGUCAUUAUUGUACCAUUUUUCAUAAGGAGAAUUCAGCUGCUGUUAACCUUUGUUGAUGCUGUUCUCCUACAUUUGCAGUGUAUACCACAGUCUAAAACCCAUAUAAAAUCCUAAGCAAUACCUGUAAAA